AUGGAGAAGAAGGAGGAACAGCAGGCAGCUGUUGGUGGUGGUGGCGAUGCCACAGCGGCGGAUGAUGCUGGUAAGGCCGAUGAGGAGGAGCAAGAGGCGCCCAAGGUGGAGCAACAGGUGACACAAGAAGCAUCUCCGCCUCCGCCAGCCGCGCAGAUGCAGAGGGAGCAACAACAGCCCGUGGCAGAGGCCAGCAGGGGCGAGGAGGGAGGAUGGGGUGGGGGAUGGGGCGGCUGGUGGACGGCCACCUCCUCCCUGGUCUCCUCCGUCACCGAAACAGCCUCCAAGGCGGCCAACCAACUCGCUGAUCAGCUGAACGCGGCCCUUCUGGAAGAGGUCGAGGAGGAAGGCGAGAAGAAGGAAGGAGGACAGCAGGAGGGCGGCGACGAUCCCAAGAGCAAGGGCAAGGAGAAGGUCACAGACAGUGACGGCGACGAUGAAGACCACGAUGGCAAAGACAAAGAGGAUCAAGGGUUCUUUGACUACAUCUCGACGGUCCUCCAGCAGCAGGUGGAGGACGCCGAGAAGAAAGCGACGUCGGUGAUCGAGUCGACGAUGACGUCCCUGAACCAGUUCUCUCUGGAGCAAAGCGUGGAGAUGGGGCAAAAGUGGACCAUGCAGUCGCUGGACGUGCUCGAGGCCGUGGGCAAGAAGGCCAUAGAGACCCUCGAACUGGACGAGAAACAGAUUCAGCAGUCCAUCGAACAGCUUGCUCUGUCGGAGGAUGUGCCGGGCGGUGAAGAGAACGCGGGAAAGAAAGCGAGUACGCCGGCAGCCGCCUCGCCCAAGCCGGUGGUCCGCAACAAGGUGGUCACGUUCGAAUCCAACUUCGAGGACUCCUAUGGCAAGGCCCACCUUGAGGCGCUGGAGCAUCUGAGCGCCAGCUGCCUGAUGAUUUUCUACAAGGCCAACCCGCAGGCGCUCAAAAAGCUUUCUGGUGCGCUCAAGAGGAUCGAACAACUAUUUAACGAAGACGAAGAUGAGGACGAGGAAGAAGAGGAGAGGCAGCUGGAUGCAAAGCUUCUCCGUAAGCUGAACAGGAAGGCGCGCAUGAAGCGAAAGAUCAUCGAAAAGUUCGUGGCCACGGCCAAGCAGAGCGCGCAGCAGCUGAUCGAAGAAUUCGCGAAGCAGUUGAGCACGCUCAAGGCCGCGGAAGGUCAGGAGGGAGUGGAGGCCAAGCAGAAGACGCCGGAGGAGAUCUCCGCACAGACGCUGGCCCAACUCGACCACACGUCGAAGGUUGCGAUGCUUCGUCUGUCCGAGCUGAGCGCGGCCUCGGUGGAGCUGCUCCUGCGUGUGGCCGAGAGCUAUCUUGUGGGUGUCACCUCGCCGGUCGCCAUCCACAGGGAGGACACUCCAGAGCAACCGGUCGAGGGCAGCGACGAGGGAGAGGACAUCGGCGCUGAAGCUCCCGCACAGGAGGAGCCUGCGGAGAACGCGGAUGAGGGCGAGGACGGCGGCUUGAGCAGCACGCCCGCCCUGGCUGCCACCUCCCUGGUCAAGGACCUCACGCAGAGUCUCAAGGACGUCACCCAGGCCUUUUUGGCCAGCAUCACCGGUAUUGCCAAGGCAGGCAAGGGCGCUAUGCAAGCUCUUCCUCCUGGUGAGCAUGACAUCAACAAGCUGAGCGCGAAGAUCGACGCCAAGGUGAAAGCGCUGAAGAAGGAGGUGGAGGCCAAGUUUGGCAACAGUGCCGUGGAGAACGUGCAGGAGACCAAGAAGCUGUUCGUCAACAUCAGCAAGGCCGUCCUCGUCAGCGGCUUCCCGGCACAGUCUGCACCCGCUGCCGUUGCCACUGCUUCGUCGCCUUCGCCUUCCUCGCCCAGCACCGAGCGGAAAGCCGCGACUGAAGAGGAAGCUGUGCAGCCAGCGGCAGAGGAGACCACGGUGCAGGAAGAAGAGGAGCCUGCUGCCGAGAAGGAGGUGGUGGAAGAGGCCGAGCAGCCUAGCGGAGAAGAGAAGUCCGACGAGUGA